GCUCCUCGCGGACAGCAGCACAGAUCAUCAACAUGACAGAAUGUAUCAAAGACUGCUGCAGGACAUUUAUGUCCAAGAAAAACGAGCCAGCGAUUCAGAUGAUUAAGGUUCGACCUCCUGGUAAAUUAACUGCUGAGUCUAAUGUGAAGAGGAAUGUUGGAGUAUCAGAGGAUUAUCUGCUGUCUAAACUGCCUCCGGAUGGCCGGGAGGUUCCAUUCGUUGUCCCAAACUUCAAACCUUCCUAUAUCCAGCCGAGAGGAGCACAGUGCUCUGGCUACAACAUUGGGCAACAGAGUGCCACAAGGACCACUUAUGCAGAAAGGAAGGCAGAACUCGCAGGAGCCGGUCAAAUGAUGUAUGACCCUGAUUUGACCUUAAACAGCAGUCAUAUGAUCAGCUACGUGUCACCAGGCUCACUGAGACGCCCCACUCUGAAAAUCAGACCCAACAGCAGUCCUGGCACAGGUUUGGAACACAGUGACAAACAGAGACUCAGUCUUUCCAUGUAUGAUUUGUCAAACACUCAGGGCCACGUACAGCGUUAUGAUUCUGUAUCCAGUGUCCAGAGCAGCACAUCCUCCAUUCAGGAUUCCUUUGGGAGCAGCCGUAGUCUAGAGUCCAUCCCACUGUCUGGCGAUGAGCGAGAUUGUGAGCCGGGAAAAGUGUGUGUGCACCUGAAGUAUGAAGAGGCAGUGGAGCAGGUGUGGAUCACCUUAGUGAAGUGUACAGACUUGAGUGUGUAUACUGACGGGGUGGAGGUGCAGCAGAUUGGGGUCAAAGGGGUCAUCACCAUGACCAAGCCAGUGCGAUUUAAGAGCACCGUCAAGGAAGCAUCAGCAGACACUGUCUUCAUGGAGACAUUUGUGUUCACUCUGAACUUAGAACAGAUACGCAGAUCUGCACUGGUGCUGUGCCUGCAGGCUCACACUCCACGUAGGCGUACGCUGGGAGAGUGUGUAUUAUCUCUGCGAACCCUUGGACCACAGGAAACAAAGCACUGGCUGGAGUUCAAGCCUCACUCUAAAACACAUGUGUGUCAUGCUGAGCUUCAGCUGGCCUUGUGCUUCCAGCCAGUGAGUAGUCGAAUGCAACUCCAGAUCCUCAGUGCUCAAAACCUUCCAUCAUCUUCCUCACCACUUACACAGAGAUUCUUUGUGAAGGUUGAGUUGUUGAGUGAGGGUAAGGUCUUACUGAAGAGGAAGACGAAGGUGAUGAAGUCAUCAGAGGGGCAGAUCCAAUGGGGGGAAGUGCUUCACUUGCCCAUCACCAAUCAAGACCAGAAUCUGCAGCUGGCAGUCAAACUCUACAGUCGUGGCUCUGUUCGGAGAAAACACCUGCUUGGACAGGUCCUCUUGGGUUUCGACAGCAGUUCUACUGAGGCAGUGGAACAAUGGAGGGACUCCAUGGCUAAUCCUGAAAAAGUGGUGACGUCUUGGCACAGAGUUAGUCGACUCUGAAGUGAGAGGAUGAAGAAAGAGAUUUUUUUAGCCAAGUGGAUUUUAAAUGCAACUUUCAAAAAAAGAAAAAAAAAACUUUUUUCUAUCUUUGAAUACCGGUAAUUAAAUAUGGUUAUUGUAGGGCAAAAAAGUGUUUGUCUAGAACGCUGUAGUAGAAAUUUCUCAUUUACAGGUUUAAAUUGAGUGACACACCCUCUGCAGAUUCUAGUGUGGCUAAUAAUGUAUUCAGCUGUUUGUAGAUUUUACAUUCUAUGUUCUUCAUUGGUGUAACUUUGAGAACAUGCAACUGUCUAAAACAUUGCACAGGAACAGGACACAUAGACAUUAUGUGCAAUAAAGUGUAUUAUACAGAGCUCUACAACUGUCAGUUUGGCAACAUGGCCAAAUAUUGAGCAGACAGUCAGCUAAUUACGUAACAGAGUUCAUAAAUGAAGUAUUAUGUUUAGUAUUUUUUCUGUC